AUGUCGCCCACCAUCACCAUCCGCCUCUCCACCUCUGCCAGCCAAGCUGCUCGCAGCGCCGUCGCCCCCACUGUCCGAAAGUCUACCAGUUUGGUCGAGAAAUGGAGGAAUGCCUCUCCUCAGAAUCGUCGAUAUGUCUUGGCAGGCCUCGCAGUCGUUGCCUCUGUUGAUGUUUACAUGCACUACACAUACUGGCCUACUAUUCGAGCAUGGUUUGGUGGCGAGAAGAUUGUUAGGAACUGA